AGAGUUCCAAUACGCUGAAUUGCAGGGCAACAUUCCUUCAAUUAUUGCUUUAUCUCUGUAAAUAAAAGAAGAAGGAAAAAAAGAAAAAAGAAAAAAGAAAAAAGAAAAAAGAAAAACAUGCACAUUAAUAUCAUGAUAUGAACACAAUCACACACAGACACGCACAGAAACACACACUGCGAUUCUUCCACACUUGGCAAAGCUAAUUCCUCUUCAGCAUUGCAUUCCCCAAAACGCAACUUCCACCUCUACCCUUUAAACUUCUCUUCCAUCACUCCUAAACAUUCAUACUCGUGCAGAUCUAGAGAGAGAGAGAGAGCGAGGGGGCCAAAAUGAUGUGGGAAGCUGGAGGAUCAACAGCGUCGUCGUCAGCCGCCGGUGGUGCCGGCGGAGCGGGCGUCGGAGACGGCGGCGGCUCGGGGAGGAGGAAGCCCUCCUGGAGAGAGAGAGAGAACAACAGGAGGAGAGAGAGGAGGAGGAGGGCGAUUGCAGCUAAGAUUUAUACAGGGUUGAGGGCGCAGGGGAAUUACAAUCUGCCAAAGCACUGUGACAACAAUGAAGUUCUCAAAGCUCUCUGCAAUGAAGCUGGUUGGGUUGUUGAGCCUGAUGGCACUACCUAUCGCAAGGGAUGCAAGCCAAUCCCAAUGGAAAUAGGAGGCACCUCAACCAAUAUUACUCCAAGUUCUUCAAGAAAUCCAAGCCCACCAUCUUCCUAUUUUGCCAGCCCCAUUCCUUCAUACCAACCAAGCCCUUCGUCCUCGUCUUUCCCCAGCCCGUCCCGCCUUGAUGGCAAUGCUUCGUCACACCCAUUCGCCUUCCUCCUUAACUCGUUCCCUUCGUCUCUGCCUCCUCUCCGAAUAUCCAACAGUGCCCCUGUUACCCCACCCCUCUCCUCCCCAACAAGAGUUCCCAAACAAACUUUUAAUUUGGAGACUCUUGCAAAAGAAUCCAUGUCUGCCUUGAACAUACCCUUCUUCGCUGCUUCUGCCCCGGCCAGUCCAACUCGUGUCCAACGCUUCACUCCAGCUACCAUUCCAGAGUGUGAUGAGUCCGACACCUCCACUGUUGAUUCUGGCCGUUGGAUGAACUUCCAAGCCUAUACAAAUGCUGCCAACAUGGUCCCUACUUCUCCUACCUUCAAUCUUGUGAAACCUGUGGUUCAGCCCAUUCCUUCCAAGGAUGCCAUGUCGGAUAAGGGCAAGGGUGCAGAGUUCGACUUUGAGAAUAUGGCAGUGAAGCCGUGGGAAGGUGAGAGGAUCCAUGAGGUGGGGAUGGACGAUCUUGAACUCACCCUUGGAAGUGGAAAUACUCGCAUUUAAGGCAUUGAUCCGAAGCUUUAUAGAUUUGAGGUUCGUUCGUAGCAUCCUUGCUCUUGCUGCAGGCUUAAGAAGUGGCAUGCCUAGCUUCUGCUCAAGUAUUAGUUUCCAUGGAAGACUCUGAUUCGGAGAUGAACGUUGGCCCAUGAAGCUCGAAUUGGUUUGUCUUUAGGUUUGAAUUAUUCAUUCAUGUUGUUUCUGUCUGGCCUUUUAUCUGAGCUUUUUACGCUUUUAGCUAUUAUUAUUGGCCCCAUUUUAAGUUGCUUGGGGUCUAUUACAUGUAGAUAUUUUUGCUCAUUUUUUCGAUUGUGAUCAAGAUUAUUAUAGACUAGUAGGAGUAUUCCUCCAUGUGUGAACUAUUUGAUGUUUCUUCUUAAUCAAAGAUUAGUUUCUUCAA